UUCGCCGGGGCGGCGGGCGCCUGCGCAGUUCCGAGCGUCGGCGGUUCAGCCCUGGUGAAUGGGGCGGUCCGCCCGCGGCGGCCGGAUGGAGGGUCCCAGCGGUUCGGAGGUCACGGCGGAGGCGGGCCGGGCAGAGGGCGAGCCGGAGGCGAAGAAGCGGCGGCUUCUCUGUGUGGAGUUUGCUUCCGUCGCGAAUUGCGGCUCCGCCGUGGCUCAGUACUACCUGGCCGAGAACGACUGGGAGAUGGAAAGGGCGCUGAACUCGUACUUCGAGCAGUCUGUGGAGGACGGCGCCCUGGAAAGCCUCCCUGAGACCCCGGCGGGGCCCGGGUCCUGUGUUGAUCUAACGAAUGAAGAAACAACAGAUUCCGUCAGUUGUAAAACCAGCACAUCUGAAGGUACUCAGCAGGAAGAUGGCAGCACGUUCUCUUUCAUUACCUGGAAUAUUGACGGGCUGGAUCUAAACAACCUGCAGGAGAGGGCUCGAGGGGUGUGUUCCUACCUAACUUUGUACAGCCCAGAUGUGGUAUUUCUCCAGGAAGUCAUUCCCCCUUACUGUAGCUACCUAAAGAAGAGAGCAAAUAGUUACGACAUUAUUACAGGUCAUGAAGAAGGAUAUUUCACAGCUAUAAUGUUGAAGAAAUCAAGAGUGAAAUUUAAAAGGCAGGAGAUUAUCCCUUUUCCAAAUACAAAAAUGAUGAGAAACCUUUUGUGUGUGUAUGCAAGUGCAUUGGGAAAUGAACUUUGCCUUAUGACUUCUCACUUGGAGAGCACCAAAGGGCACGCUAAGGAACGAAUGAACCAGUUAAAAAUGGUUUUGAAGAAAAUGCAAGAGGUUCCAGAGUCGGCUACGGUUAUAUUUGCAGGAGAUACAAAUUUAAGGGAUCAUGAAGUUACCAAAUGUGGUGGUUUACCCAGCAACAUUUUGGAUGUCUGGGAAUUUUUGGGCAAACCUAAGCAUUGCCAGUAUACAUGGGACACGCAGAUGAACUCUAACCUUGGAAUAUCUGCAAUUUGUAAGCUUCGUUUUGAUCGAAUAUUUUUCAGAACAGCAGCAGAAAGUGGUCAUAUUGUUCCCCAAAGUUUGGACCUCCUUGGGUUGGAAAAACUGGACUGUGGUAGAUUUCCUAGUGAUCACUGGGGUCUGCUGUGCAACUUAGAGGUGAUAUUGUGAAAUGCUUUUCAAAUGAGCUUUACAUCUGAGUAAUUUCAUUCUGGAUUUUUGCAAAUGUAAUUUCUACCUGUCUGGAAAGGUAGGUUUAAUAUGGAGGAAUUAAUAUACUAGAUCGCUGUAACAGAAGAAAACACUACUGUGAUUUUAUUUUGUGUACUGUGUCCUCAUAUUUCAGAAGUAAAUAUGGAUGUUUACUUAAAUUCAAGCAUACCUGGUGUUGAGAACAUGAGACUUCUUCAGACAAGGCCACCAGGACGGCUGGAGCUUUUUACAGUGCUCACAGCUGCCUGCUGGUUCUCAAGCGAAGCCACACCGUCUCUGUCUGGGCUCGCGUUUGUGUUCUGUUGAUUGUUAAAAUCAGGCACCAAAUAGUUUAUAUUUUAAGUAAAUCUUUAAAAAUAAAAAUGCGAGGUGACUGAGUUUGGGGGAUUGGAUCUUUUCGUUAUAUUUUACAAAUUCAGAUAAUCGUAAAUGAAAAAGCCAUGAUUAUGUACGUUUAUGUAGAUGACAGCUGUCCACAGCAGACUUUGUCUUCGUCAGCGAACAGCACAUAAUUGCUAAGCUCUACGUGAAACCUUAGGAUUUGAAAUUUUUCAACUUUUUAAUAAGUGUUUGUCAACGUGUCACCAUUUGCGUUGCUGCCAACAGAGGCAAAAUUAGGCCUGAUAAUGAUUAAAGGCAUUGGAUUUUUUUCCCUAAGAAAAAUGAAUGUAUAAAGAGAAAUAGUUUUUUAGUUUUACUUCUUACAAAAUUGACUUAUUUUACAGGAGAGGGAUAAGGAGCACUUUUAAAUGUGCUUUAAGGAAACAUUUUUAAGAGAAGUGUACUUUAAAUAAAGAAUUUUACUUGUUUAUAGUUU